AUGAAUGGAAUGAAAGGCCCGUCAAAUAGUCCCCUAGAUAGUUCUCCAACAAGGUAUACCACCGAUAUCAUGGUAUUUUGUUUCGUUCUAGGAGAAGUUCCUGCUAUAGAGAACCAUUUUGUGGUCGAUAUUACCGAUAAAAUCAAAAAUAUUUCGCAUCUUCAAAAUGCUAUUAAGGAGGUGAAGAAACCUCAAUUGAACGAUUUCGCUCUGAAUGAUCUUAAAUUGUGGAAAGUUUAUAUUCCUAUUAAUAAAAAUGAAGCUAAGCUGUUUAUUCUUGAUAAACAACCUCAAGAAGUUGAUAUUGAACGAGAUCUCGAAGGCCAAAAGCUUAUUCCAUCAGAUGAUGUUCCAAAAGACUUCUGUCAACAACAACCACCUCUAAAGAUCAUCCACAUCAUCGCAAUUCUUACUCAUGGUCAAAAAAUCAUGAAAAGCAUAAUGGAACUUCCAGAGAAUCCUGAAGCUUACUCAAACCCUAAAAAGUUCCUUCCAUUGCCAUUUCCAUUCCUUGGCGAACGAAAACCAGUAGAGAGAUUCUUCAUUAACGAUGAUGAUAAGUUUAUAUACAUGGGAAGAAAGGCAUUUGUCAAUGUUCUAAACACUAUUAAUGAACUUAAACGUGGGCGUAGUUAUAUGGAUUGCUUUAUUUAUGGCACUAUUGGGUAUGGAAAGUCAUACAUCCUUGCAACAAUAGCAUGCUUUCUUCUUCGAACUGGAAAGCGUGUAGUAUACCUUCCCGACUGUCGUGAAUUGGCCAAGAAACCGGAAAAUUACAUUAAGUUGGCCUUAUUUCUUGCCUACAUAGAUAAUAUUGAGAAAAUAAACGAAAUUUCUACCUGUAAAACAACCGAUGAUAUCGUAGCGUUCUGUGAAUCAUCAGAACCGGUAUAUUUUAUUGUAGACCAAAUGAAUGCUUUGGAUUAUCGUAAUAAUACUGAAAUUGUCGAAGUAAAAAAGGCCACAAUUUUAGAUGUCCUCAACAGAAUGACCUCAGAACAUUAUUGUGUUAAGAGUUCAUCAGCGAAUAAUGAAUCAGCAUUGUAUCUUAUCCAAAAGCAAACUAAUGAUAGAAGGAUUGAACUUUAUGGAGGAUUCGAUGAGGAUGAGAUGUCACAAUGGUGGAUGCAGAAUAGGGAAAAUUUGCCAUCAAUGGAUGACGAACAAAGGAAGAAAAUCGAAUAUACCACCGGACGAAAUCCACUCUUUUUGAGCUUUCUUCCAGGUUCCGAAAAAAAUUUUGAUGAUGCAUGGAAGCGCUUAAAACUAAUAUUAAUGGAGAAGAUACAAGUGCAAAUGACAAACUUUUCUGAUAUUAUAAAAAGAGAAAGAUGGGAUAC